GCUCGCGAUCAUCCGGCUUUUAUAAAAGCCACGCUCAAGUGACAGUGACACUCCACCGCUUCGCAGACCUGCGACUGCGAGUUAGAGAGCGUAAGCCAGCCAUGGCGAGGGUUUUGGCGACGGUGCUGGUCUUGGCAGGCGCCGCGCUGCUCGCGGCGGCCGGCGGCGCCAGCGCGAAGCAGGGCGUGUGGAGCAUCAUCACGCGGCCCAUGUUCCAGAGCAUGCUGAGCCACCGCGGCGACAGCGGUUGCCAGGGCGCGUUCUACACCUACGACGCGUUCAUCGAGGCCGCCAGCAAGUUCCCCGGCUUCGGCACCACCGGCGACGACCAGACCCGAAGGCGGGAGCUCGCCGCCUUCUUCGGACAGACGUCCCACGAAACUACCGGUGGAUGGCCAACUGCUCCGGGUGGACAGUUUGCCUGGGGAUACUGCCGGGUGAAGGAACAGAACCCCACGGACCCACCCUACUAUGGACGAGGACCCAUACAGCUAACUCAUGAGUACAACUACAGGCAAGCUGGGCAAGCGCUGAACCUGAACCUGGUGGGCAACCCGGACCUGGUGUCGAGCGACCCCGUGGUGGCCUUCAAGACGGCCAUCUGGUUCUGGAUGACGCCGCAGUCGCCGAAGCCGUCGUGCCACGCCGUCAUGACCGGCAGCUGGACGCCCUCCGCCGACGACCGCGCCGCGGGGAGGCUCCCCGGGUAUGGCGUGACCACCAACAUCAUCAACGGCGGGAUGGAGUGCGGCAAGGGCCAGUCCACCGACGCCGCCAAGGACCGGGUCGGCUACUACAAGAGGUACUCCGAUAUGCUCCGAGUGCGCUACGGGGACAACAUCGCCUGCAAGGACCAGAAGCCUUACGGAGGCUGACAACGAUCGAUCUAUGGUUGCUGCAAGCCUUUCACGUGUGUUUGCCUCUCUAGCUAAGAAAAUAAAGAUCAAGCUAGCAAACGUACAGGGCCGGCCGGGGCAGCCUCUAGCUUCGGCAUGUGUCUACUUAUAUCAUAUAAAUCUUCAGAGAUGAUAUAGUACCGUCACAUCUCUGGAUGCAUGAUUACGAAUAAUAAUGGCGCCAAUCAAUGGUUAUAUAUAUUUUAUUUGCGUCAUGUUUCCGCUA